UUGUAGCUGGACAGUUUUUUCUUUCCUUCUUAGCUGUUUCAUCUCUGUUUUUAUCUUACAAUGUCUGGACGCGGUAAGCAGGGCGGUAAGGCUCGCGCCAAGGCCAAGACGCGGUCCUCCCGCGCCGGGCUCCAGUUUCCUGUCGGCCGCGUGCACCGCCUUCUCCGUAAAGGUAACUAUGCCGAACGUGUGGGCGCUGGCGCCCCGGUCUACCUUGCAGCUGUGCUGGAGUACCUGACAGCCGAGAUCCUGGAGUUGGCGGGCAACGCAGCGCGCGACAACAAGAAGACACGUAUCAUCCCGCGUCACCUGCAGCUGGCCAUCCGCAAUGACGAGGAGCUCAACAAGCUGUUGGGCAAAGUGACGAUCGCGCAGGGCGGCGUGCUGCCCAACAUCCAGGCAGUGCUGCUGCCCAAGAAGACCGAGAGCCACCACAAGGCUAAGGGCAAGUGAACAGCUUCGCAGCUGUAGUGAUCCAUGUUCCUGGAAAAAACCAAAGGCUCUUUUCAGAGCCACCCAUGUAUUCAGUAAAAGGGCGCACAUUUUUUUUCCUA